CUCUGCAAUUCUUGUGCCUCGAAAUUUCUCCUCCUCUUCAACUCUCAUGUAUAAGAAGAAAUGGGCAAUCACUUCGCCUGUUUCUCCUACAAGGAAGUUAAGAAGGAACAUUUGAAAGGUUACUCCAAUACUAAUCCAUCCGCUGCAGCAGGCUCCAGCAAUAGAUGGAACAAGGUUCGAUCUUCCAGCAAAGAAAAGCGUGAAGAUUCUCUAACUCAAGAACAAGCUCUCGCUGCGGCUCUCCUCUUUCAUCAGCAUCAGCAGAAUGGUACACUUCCAUUCGACCGUUCUGCUUCUCUUAGAUGUCCUGUUCCAGGGUCAAAGAAGCAGUCUUUGCCCAGGAGUACGAGUUCCAGACCUCGUUCGGUUACUGAUCCUCUUAUUCAACCCAAUCAGCUUGUUUACCAGGAUCUGAAGCUUGAUGAUCUGGAGACAAAACAUUUUGUUCUUGUACAUGGAGGUGGAUUUGGUGCUUGGUGUUGGUAUAAAACCAUUGCACUCUUAGAAGAAAGUGGAUUCAAAGUUGAUGCGGUAGAUUUAAGUGGUUCUGGAAUUCAUUCAUCCGAUACAAACAGCAUUACAAGUCUUUCCCAAUAUGUAAAGCCACUUACUAGUUUCCUUGAAAAGCUGGGAAAUGGAGAGAAGGUGAUUUUGGUAGGACAUGAUUUUGGUGGGGCUUGUAUAUCGCAUGCAAUGGAGUUGUUUCCAUUGAAGGUUGCAAAAGCUGUUUUUAUUGCAGCAGCAAUGUUAACUAGUGGACAGAGUGCUCUUGAUAUGGUCUCCCAACAGACAGAUUCAAAGGAUUUGAUGCGAUCUGCCCAAAUAUUUCUGUAUGCAAAUGGGACUGACUGCCCUCCAACUGCUAUUGAUCUUGAAAAAACAUUAUUGAGGGACUUGCUAUUUAAUCAAAGUCCUGCUAAGGAUGUUGCUUUGGCAUCAGUUUCCAUGAGGCCAAUUCCUUUUGCACCUGCUCUGGAGAAGCUCUCCCUUUCUGACAUUAACUAUGGCUCUGUCAGACGGUUCUAUAUAGAGACUCCUGAAGAUAAUGCACUACCACUAUCUCUACAACAGAGCAUGAUAAAUUCAAACCCCCCAGAAAAAGUCUUUCGGCUAAAAGGUUCUGAUCACUCACCUUUCUUUUCAAAGCCUCAAGCCUUACAUAAGUUAUUGGUGGAGAUCUCGAAGAUUCCUUCAACCAAAGUCCCGUAACUCAAGCUGGAAAAUGCAGUUGCGUUACUCUGGAGCUUCACCCCCAUUGCUAAGAUAAUUGGCACUAUGCAUGUAUACUCAAGACAUGAUGGAUAUGUAUAUACAUGCAACACUGUAUAUAGAAUAUUCAUAUGUAAUCACAACGCGAACAUGCUGUUGGUUAUCUACAGCAUUAUUUUCUUAGUGUUGAGCAUGCAGAAGUGGCCAGUCCUUUAUGAGCUAUAUAUGUAUUGUGCCCUUUU